AUGCCCCCAAGAAGAGGAAAGCCUCAGCAACAAGAGCAGGUGGUGCUGGGACCACAAGCCAAAGAAGGAGAGAAUGUCUUUGGUGUUGCCCACAUCUUUGCCAGCUUCAACGAUACUUUUGUCCACGUAACUGACUUAUCCGGAAAGGAAACAAUCUGCAGAAUCAACGGCGGUAUGAAGGUGAAGGCCGAUCGUGAUGAAGCUUCCCCGUACGCUGCUAUGUUGGCUGUACAGGAUGUGUCUGAACGCUGCAAGACCUUGGGAAUCACUGCUCUGCACAUAAGGCUCAGGGCAACUGGUGGCAACAGGACAAAGACCCCUGGUCCAGGUGCUCAGUCAGCUUUGAAAGCUCUUGCCCGUUCUGGAAUGAAUAUUGGGCGUAUUGAGGAUGUAACUCCAAUCCCAUCAGACAGCACUCGCAGAAAGGGAGGCAGACGUGGUAGACGUUUGUAA